CGGAGCCGCUCGGUGUCAGCUGGAUGUGGUGGAUGUAACAGCACCGCUUCUUUGGACCGCAACAGAUGUCUUAAAGCUAGAAGGCUAAAGAGCAGGACUCUCCUGUCUUCUCCCCACCUGCAGCCAUGAAUGGUGGAGCGAGCAUUUGGGCCAUCACUCCUGAGGAACGGGGGAAACAUGAUAAACAGUUCGAAAGCCUUGCUCCUGUCCUCGGCUUUGUCUCAGGGGAACAGGCCAGGAAGUUUUUCCUCCAGUCGGGCCUUCCUCCUUCAGUUCUUGCUGAAAUAUGGAACCUAGCGGACAUGGACAGCGAUGGAAAGAUGGACAGGUUAGAGUUCUCUAUCGCAAUGAAGCUUAUAAAACUCAAACUACAAGGAAGGAACCCACCCACGUCCCUCCCUAUGAUUAUGAAGCAGACCCCUGUAUCGAAUGCAGGAGCUAACAUCCCUUCCUCGGCACGUUUUGGAAUGGGCUCAAUGCCAAACCUGUCCAUUGGUUUACCACCCAUGCCACCUAUGUCUGCAAUGCCCAUCCUAACCCCUAUCCCGGCUAACCCUUCCAUGCCUACACUUCAACCCCUGAUACCAGCGCCCAUGACCCUGCCCCUUCUCCCCAUGGGAGCUCCUGGACUUACCAACGGCAACCUCCUCACUCCCCCUGCUCUGUCCAACACAACAGGGAUGUCUCUGUCUGGUUUUUCCUCACCUAUGGCCUUCUCUCCAACUGAUGGUUUGUCUAAAGCUAACUCACUACUGGACUUGGGAUCAACCAGUUCAAAUUCUUCAUCCACUACUUCGUUAACCAGUAAUUCCCCGAAGACAGGAGUGAGCGACUGGGCCGUUCCACAGGCUUCAAGACUCAAGUACAGACAACAGUUCAACACACUGGACAAACUAAUGAGCGGAUAUUUGUCAGGGCCUCAAGUAAGAAAUGCACUAAUGGCAUCCAACCUGACGCAGACCCAGCUUGCUACCAUCUGGACACUGGCUGAUGUGGACAAAGAUGGUCAGUUGAGAGCAGAUGAGUUCAUUUUGGCCAUGCAUCUGGUGGACAUGGCUAAAACAGGGCGCCCCCUACCUCUGACACUGCCCCAGGACCUUAUACCACCCUCUCUCAGAGGAGGAACAAAGCCUAUUGAGCUUGUUAAUGGGAAUGGACCCUACUCAACUCCCUGCUUACUAGACAUCGAGAAUGAGCCUGUGCCAAAGACAAAAAACUCCAGUGUAUCCUAUGAAGACAAACUGAAGGAGAACUUUGCGCGAGGAAGUGCAGAGCUGGAGAAGCGCCGUCUGGCUUUGGAGGAACAACAGAAGAAAGAAAGAGAGAGGAGGGAGCGAGAGGAGAGAGAGGCCCUGGAACGAAGAGAGAGAGAAGCCCGAGAGAUGGAGAACAGACGGAGGCUGGAGGAAGAGAGAAGAAUGGAGAGACAGAGGGAGAUAGAGAGACAGAGAGAGGAGGAGAGGCUCAGGGAAAUGGAGAGGAAAGAGGCAGCCAAGCAGGAGUUGGAGCGACAAAGGAAGGAGGAGUGGGAGCGAGGGAGAAAAGAGGAGCUGAGCAGAAGACGAGAGGGAGAACAGGAUGAGAUCUCCCGACUCAAAGCCAGAAAGAAAAGUUUGGAGUUGGAGCUUGAGGCUGUGGGCAACAAGCACAAACAAAUCUCUGACCGUCUCCGUGACGCCCAAAGCAAAAGGAGGAUUCAGAAAGCAGAAGUGGACCUCAUCAAUCAGAAAAGAGAUGCACGUAUCGCUGAGAUCAACACUCUGCAGAUUCAGUUUGAGGAAUGGCAGAGGAAGCUCUCCCAGUUGGUCCCAGAACAACAAAGGCUGACAGAGAAGCUUAGGACCAUCAGCCUCAAGAAAGUCCCAGAGGGGGCAUUGUUGUCUCUGACUGACACUGUGGCAGAGAAGGGCGUAAGCUGCCGACAGCUGAAGGACCAGCUCAACGCUCUGGAAAGAGAGACCACCGGGAAACUGGAGGAGAUGGAGCAGUACAAGAAGGAACUGCAGGAGCUUAGGGAGAAGCAGGUGAGGCAGCAGGCUGUCCUGGACGACUUGUACAGAGUGAAAGAGGAGAAACACCGGGAGCUGCAGCGGAGGAGGGAUGAGGAGAGAGAGAGGAGGAGGAGGGAGGAAGAGGAGGCCGCACGGCUUGCAAAGUUGGAACAGGAGCGACUAGAGCAAGAAAGGAGAGAGCAAGAAAGACGUGAACAGGAAAGGAGAGAACAGGAGCGCCUUGAGCAGGAGAGAAGACAAAAGGAAGAGGAGGAGGCACGUCAGAGGAGGCUGCUGGAAGAACAGAGGGCCCGACAGAGAGAGGAGGAGGAGAGGGAGGCACAGGCCAGACUCAGGGCUGCACAGGAGAAAGCGAAGGAGGAGGAGAGGAAGAGGAGAGAGGAGGAGCAGAGACAGAGGAGGGAAGAGGAGGAAAGAAAGAGGAGAGAGGAAGAGCAGAAACAGAGGAGGGAGGAGGAGGAGAGGCGGAGGAGAGAGGAGGAACAGAGGAGACUGAAAGAGGAAGAGGAGGAAAGGAAGAGAAAAGAAGAACAAGAACGACUUCAGAGAGCAUCUUUGGUCUCCCAGCAACCAUCCAAACUCACCACCUACAGAGCACUAUAUUCGUUUGUGGCUCGCAACGCUGAUGAGCUGAGCGUAGAUGCAGACUGCCUUAUAGAGGUGGAUGAGCAGACGGUUGGAGAGCCCGGCUGGUUGUGUGGGAGUUACCGUGGAAACAGGGGCUGGUUCCCUCAGAGUUACGCUCAAAAAUGUGGCCCACACGAAGCCUCAACGGACACAGGACCCUCUUCACCCCUGCGCCGGCCCUCCUGUUUACCACAACCACUUAACACGGGACUCCCAGAAAUUGACGUAAUAUGCGAGAACAUUGUACCCUUGCAGACAGAUGUGUCACAGAUUCCAUCCCCAUUGUUGGCUCGGGCACUUUCAUCAUGGUCACCCACAUCAGACCUGGACCUACACUUUUCUGGCGGCGAUGUCAUCACCGCGCUACUCAGCUUCUCACAGGGUGACAUCAUCAGCGUGUUGCAGCAGAGGGACGACUGGUGGUUGGGACAGCUCAAUGGGACACAAGGAUGGUUUCCCAAGGGCUAUGUGAUGUUGGAGGCAGCUAGCAGCACAGAUGUGGACUCCUUAGAUUCUGACUCUCAGUUAGAGGAAUAUGUUGCCCUGUACACAUAUGAGAGCCCAGAGGUUGGGGACCUGACUUUUGUUGAAGGUGAUGUUGUCAUGGUGACAGAGAGAGAGGGUGAGUGGUGGCGAGGAUGCGUCGGGGACCAGAUGGGUGUUUUUCCUUCCAACUAUGUCCGACCUGUUGAACCAGAGACAUCAAAACCCGGAGGUCCUAACAAAAAACCAGAGAUUGCUCAGGCCGUUACCGCCAGUGUUUCUCCGAUGAUGCACCAGCUAUGUCUGUCUCCAGGGCAACUGAUUGUGGUCCUGGCCAAGAACUCCACUGGGUGGUGGCUCGGGGAAUUGCAGGCUCGUGGAAAGAAGCGUCAAAGAGGCUGGUUUCAUUCUUCUCAUGUCAAACUCUUGGGUCCCUCCAGCAGCAAGACCUCCCCCUUGCCACUGCCCGUGUGUCAGGUAAUUGCCAUGUAUGACUACGCCGCAGCUAACCCAGAUGAACUGAGCUUCUCCAAGGGUCAGCUGAUUAGUGUCCUGGACAAAACCAACCCAGACUGGUGGAAAGGAGAGGCCAAUGGGGUCAUAGGUCUCCUGCCCACAAACUACAUCAAGAUGACCACAGAAUCUGACCCCAGUCAACAAUGUUCACUAGAUACUAUGUCAGAGCAUGGACAAACUGAUGGGUGUGCAGACCUGAUGACCCUGGACACAAUGAGCCCACAGGAGAGGAAGAGGCAGGGCUACAUCCACGAGCUCAUCCAGACAGAAGAGACUUAUGUGGAGGACUUAGAACUGGUUCUGGAUGUGUUCUAUAAGCCCAUGUCAGAGUCAGGCCGUCUGACAGAGGCUGAGAUGGCAGUGAUCUUUGUUAACUGGAGAGAGCUGAUCAUGUGCAACACCAAACUCCUCAAAGCAUUGCGUGUGCGUAAAAAGACUGGAGGAGAGAACAUGCCAGUGCAGUUGAUCGGAGAUCUGUUGGCUUCAGAGCUUGCUCACAUGCAGCCGUACAUCCGCUUCUGUUCCUGUCAGCUCAAUGCUGCUGCUCUGCUACAGAGCAAGACCUAUAACCAGCCUGACUUUAAAGACUUCCUUAAGAAGAUCGCCACUAACUACCGCUGCAAAGGAAUGCCACUGUCCAGUUUCCUGCUCAAGCCCAUGCAGAGGAUUACCCGGUACCCACUCCUCAUAAAGAACAUCUUGGAGCACACCCCAGAGUCUCAUGCAGACCGUGGCCCCUUGAGACACGCCCUGGACCGGGCUGAGGAACUGUGCUCACAGGUCAAUGAAGGAGUGCGAGAGAAGGAGAACUCAGACCGACUGGAGUGGAUACAGAGCCAUGUGCAGUGUGAGGGGCCCAUAGAGCACUUGGUCUUCAACUCCUUGACAAACUGCUUGGGGCCCCGCAAGCUGCUGCACAGUGGACGCUUGUACAAAACCAAGAGCAGCCGUGAGCUCUGGGCCUUUCUCUUCAAUGACUUCCUCCUGCUCACACACAGCGCCAAACCAUUCUCAUCUUCAGGACAAGACAAACUUUUCAGCCCCAAGACAAGUAUCCAGCUCAAGAUGUACAAAACGCCUUUGUUCCUGAAUGAGGUUUUAGUAAAAAUGCCUCCAGACCCUUCCAGUGAUGAGCCAAUAUUUCAUGUAUCCCACAUUGAUCGAGUCUAUACACUUAAGACUGAUACUCUAAAUGAGAGGGCAGCAUGGGUCCAAAAAAUCAAAGCAGCCUCUGAGUACUUUAUAGAGACAGAGAAGAAAAAAAGAGAGAAAGCUUAUCAAGCCCGUUCUCUCAAAUCCAGUGGUAUUGGACGGCUGCUGGUGACUGUCACUGAAGCUCAAGAGCUCAAAGCCUGUAAGCCAAAUGGUAAGAGUAAUCCGUACUGUGAGCUGACUAUGGGGGCUCAGUGCUACACGUCUCGUCCAGUCAAUGACACGUUGAACCCAAAAUGGAACUUCAACUGCCAGUUCUUCAUCAAAGACGUGUACCAGGACGUCCUGUGUAUCACUGUGUUUGAAAAAGACCAGUUUUCCCCAGACGAUUUCUUGGGUCGUACUGAAGUCCCUGUGGCUACUAUAAAGAAAGAGAUGGAGAGCAAAGGAGCAGCUAACCGUCGUCUUCUACUGCACGAAGUCCCCACUGGAGAAGUGUGGGUCAAACUGGACCUGCAGCUUUACGACCCCACUAAAUAAAUGAAUGAACAGCAUGCGCACACACACUUUUAAAUCAUUACGUUUUAUUAGACACUUUUGAAAUCACUGCCAAAAUCAAAUAUGCCAAUGUGACUGCCCAAGUUCAUUUCACUAAUUGAAACUAUUAUGUUUUGUCAAUGUGCCUUUACAUGUUUUGAAGAGAAAAGAACUGUAUUUUUCUAGCUCAGGAUACAGUUAAUUAUAUAAUGAUAGAUACACAACAUGGACCUUCUUGUUAUGGCUGAUGUCCAUAGGUAUCAGAGUAAUAAAAAAUAAACAAUGGUAUCUUAGCAAUUAACAAAAAACUGUAUGGACAAAAAGUGCUUAAAAUGGUGCAUAUAAACCAGAAGCUGAAACCUAUGAAUACAUUGUUACAUUGUCAAGCUGUGAAAUGUUGCACACUACUGUAUAUUGUAAAAGAAAUCUAGCACCAUUAAA